UUGCGACUAGAGGUCAUACAAAUUGCUAUAACACUAAAGGACGUUAUUAUUUCAACCUCAAGUCAGGAUUUCCAGGUGGACAUAAAGAAUGCAUGACUGUUUAUUCUGGAACUCAUUGUCCAUGUUAGACAGCGAGGCACAGUUCAGAUUUUUUUGGCUAAAGUCAAAGUUCGAUGAAAUGCCAGAUCUGGCCCAGCAUGGACAUAUCCAGUUCAUUUUGUUGCACCACUUUCCCGCGGAGAAAUCCAUGAUGCAGGAAAUAAUGUCGGAACAAACUAUAGUGAAAGACCAAAAAUUGCCUUACGACGGAGUUGUAUUUUAUCACAAAGAGUCACACUAUUUUUUCGGAUAUACACCGCUAGUAGGGUGGCUAGCAUCGUACAUGUUACCUGAGCAACUAAAUAUAGAUGUACCUCCUGAGAAUAUGGCGCGGAAGCCCGCAGAUUACGAGAACAUGGAAAAAUACCUGGAGGAUUUGGAGAAACGGAAAAAGAAGAGACACAAAUCUUGGAGGAAGAAACAUAAUGUUGUAGAUGAAGAAAUGCUUUAAAGUUGUCGUUUGUACAUUGAAUGUUUAAUGUAAACUUGUGAAUGUUUUG